CUCAGGGUUUAUAGGCAGGUCGUGCGGCUAGUCUUUCAUCUGUUCCUACGAUUGCAGCAAUUUGUUGUGGAAGAUAAACUCGACAACCGACAAUGUCUGGAAGAGGAAAAACUGGAGCCAAGGUCCGCGCUAAGGCCAAGACCCGCAGCUCACGCGCCGGUCUGCAGUUCCCCGUGGGCCGUGUCCACCGUCUCCUCCGCAAAGGUAACUACGCCGGGAGAGUCGGCGCCGGAGCCCCCGUGUACCUCGCCGCCGUGCUGGAGUAUCUCACCGCUGAGAUCCUGGAGCUGGCCGGAAACGCCGCCAGAGACAACAAGAAGAGCCGUAUCAUCCCUCGUCACCUCCAACUGGCGGUACGCAACGACGAGGAGCUGAACAAACUGCUCGGCGGUGUGACCAUCGCCCAGGGCGGCGUCCUGCCCAACAUCCAGGCCGUCCUGCUGCCCAAGAAGACCGGCCAGUCUGCAGCGCCGAGCUCCGGCAAGGCGGGAAAGAAGGCCUCGUCCCAGUCGCAGGAGUAUUAGCUAGCUGGCUAAUAACUUUGCACCCAAAGGCCCUUUUAAGGGCCACCCAUUCGUCAUCGAAAGAGCAAAUUAUCUGUCUUGUUUCCCCUUUUCGCAUUACUUUUAUUUAAUAAACGCUUGUUUCGUAAAA